AUGGAAAUGUUUACAGAAUUAUAUGUUUUGCAUGAAAAACACAUUUUCAACACAAUAUGCUACUGUGCACAGGAGACCAGGCCGAAAACGUCUGCGUCGAAAACCGAGGAAAAGCAGCAUCUCCUCGAAAGCGACUACCAACCGGAGAUGACGACCUCCAUCAACGUAGAAGCUUCGACGGACCUCGAUAACUCGGUAUUCAACCGGUCCCUCGAACAUCCCACGUCGAACUUCGAUACCUUGGUGCAUCUGCUGAAGGCGAACAUCGGCACCGGAAUCCUCGCUAUGCCGGACGCAUUCCGAAACUCCGGAUGGCUGGUGGGCUUGUUCGGCACCCUGUUCAUGGGCAUAGUUUGCACCCAUUGCAUGCACAUGCUGGUAGGGUGCGCGCGUGAACUCUGCCGGCGGACGAAGAAGCAGUCGCUCAGUUUUUCUGAAGUCGUCGAAGCCUCUUUCGAAACAGGACCUUCCUUUUUGCAAAGCCGUUCACAUACUGCCAAAACAUUAGUGAACAUUUUCCUGUGCAUAACCCAAUUGGGAUUCUGUUGCGUGUACUUCGUUUUCGUGGCCGCCAAUCUGCACGACGUGGUUCAACAUUACUUUUUCGACAUGAGCGUCCACUGGUACCUCCUUCUGCUCCUGUUCCCGAUGGUGCUGCUGAACUGGGUGAAGAGCCUCAAGUACUUGACGCCCGCCUCUCUGUUCGCGUCGAUUGUGACGGUAAGCGGUCUUGUCAUAACGUUCGUCUACAUGUUCAAGGAGGGCGUACCGAGUACCAUGAAUGUGAAGGAGUUCUCCUCUUGGAAUCAGCUCCCAUUGUUUUUCGGUACGGCGAUUUACGCUUUCGAAGGAAUCGGUGUGGUGUUACCGUUGGAGAAUAAUAUGAAGAACCCUCAGGAUUUCGGUGGUUGGACGGGCGUUUUGAACACCGCCAUGAUUAUUGUAUCGGUUUUAUACACGGCUGUUGGGUUUUUUGGAUACUUGAAAUACGGCGAGAAAGCUGUUUUGGGAAGUGUUACACUUUUGCUACCAUCGGAUGAAUUUUUAGCACAAUCCGUUCGCUUGUUGAUGGCUAGUGCGAUUUUUCUUUCGUACAGCCUGCAGUUCUACGUUCCUUUCAAUAUCAUGUGGCCGUGUAUAAGUAAAUAUUUCAACAAUGAAAAAUCCAGAGAAACCGCAGAAUAUGUUACCAGAACAGUAUUAGUAUUUAUUACGUUUAUAUUUGCAAUUGCUAUUCCUAAUUUAGGUGCCGUGAUAUCUCUAGUCGGAGCCUUCAGCAGUUCGGCACUCGCCCUAAUUUUUCCUCCUCUGAUCGAAAUCAUAACGUUUUGGCCCGACAAAUUAGGCACCAGCAAAUGGAUUUUAUGGAAAGAUAUAUUUAUAAUCGCCUUCGGAUUUGUUGGUUUUGUCGUGGGUUCUUAUGUUAGUUUGUUAAACAUUAUUGCACCAAGCGAACCAAUGUAA